CUCUGUCAUCGGAGGAACUUUUGGAGGAACUUUUCUUCUUCUUGUCGCUGUGAGGGACUCUUCUUCAGAUGGAUCUGUCCGACCUUCCCUUCCCUCUCUCGUCUGCUGAUGACCUUUACGAUGACCCCUGCUUCAGCACCAGCGACAUGAACUUUUUUGAUGACCUGGACUCCCGGCUGAUGCACGCUGGCCUGCUCAAGCCAGAUGACCAUGUUCAUCACCAUCAUCACCACCACGUCCCAGUCGCAGAGGAGGAGGAGGACGAGCAUGUGAGGGCUCCUGGGGGCCCCCACCAGGCGGGGCACUGCUUGCUUUGGGCCUGCAAGGCCUGCAAGAGAAAGACGUCAAACGAAGACCGGAGGAAAGCAGCAACAAUGCGGGAAAGGCGGCGACUGGGAAAGGUCAACAACGCCUUUGAGACCCUGAAGCGAUGCACGGCGUCCAAUCCAAACCAGAGGCUGCCCAAAGUGGACAUCCUGCGCAACGCUAUCAGCUACAUCGAGUCCCUGCAGUCGCUGCUCAGGACCGGCAGGGAGGACAGCUUCUACCCGCCCAUGGAGCACUACAGCGGGGACUCAGACGCCUCCAGCCCGCGCUCCAACUGCUCCGAUGGCAUGAUGGAUUUCAUCUCUCCGUGUUCAUCCAGAAGCGAGAACAGUGAUGGUUCCUACUGCAGCCACCCAGACGAUUCCAGCAGUAAACCAUCGCUCAUUUCCAGUUUGGACUGUUUGUCCAGCAUCGUACAGCGGAUCAGCACAGACCCUGCUCCGGCCCCCCCAGGCGACAGCGUGGUCCCCCGGGGCCCUGAAUCCCCUCAGAGCAGCCCUGCAGGCUCCAGUUCCUCUGCUGAGCCCAACAGCAUCUACGAGCCGCAAUGAACCACACCGAGCUGAGGACUCAUCAUUUGCAGAAAGCCAAGACAACGUAUUCAAGACUUUUUUUCUGCCAUUUGAGAUUUUCUUCAGUUUUAGCCACGUGAACAAACUGAAGACUGCUGUUUUAAUCCAUUAAUCUCAGAAGGAAAAAGGGACAUUUUCCUCACU